AUGCUGAAGAGGACAGUGGCCUGGCUGGACUCGGAGCUUCUCUUGCUGCCACGGUGUCUAACGAAUGGCGGGCGACCAGUAGGGCGUCCUCGGUUAUCACGGCCACCUGGGUGCUGCAGGGACUGUGGAACAACUGUGCUGGGAACGCCAUCGGAGCUUUGCACUGUCGCCCCCAUCACACCAUUCUCCAGCUUGCAGCUCCUGGGUCACUCCUGGUCCCCUUCUUCGUCCAGCAGCAUGUUUCAGGAGAUUGUGGCCUUUGUUCUGAGCGCUUCAGGCUGGGUGCUGGUCUCUUCCACUUUACCCACGGACUAUUGGAAAGUCUCUUCUCUUGAUGGAACAGUGAUCACCACAGCCACAUACUGGUCUAACCUAUGGAAGUCAUGCGUCACUGAUUCGACAGGAGUCUCCAACUGCAAGGACUUCGCUUCAAUGCUUGCUUUGGAUGGUUACAUCCAAGUGUGCCGAGGUCUUAUGAUUGCAGCAGUCUGCCUCGGAUUUUUUGGCUCAAUAUUUGCCCUUAUUGGAAUGAAGUGCACAAAAAUAGGUGGAAGUGACCAGAAUAAGGCCAAGAUUGCAUGUUUGGCAGGUGUAUGCUUCAUCCUUAGUGGCCUUUCCUCACUCUCCACAUGCUCGCUCUACGCACAUCGGAUCACGUCAGAGUUUUUUGACCCAAUGUACAUGGCACAAAAAUAUGAGCUAGGAGCAGCACUGUUCAUUGGCUGGGCAGGAUCUGUUCUCUGCAUUCUGGGAGGAAUCAUGUUCUGCGUCUCGAUUGCUGGAUCUUUCAGUAAAAGCCACAGCCAAAGGUCCUACUUUUACAAAAGCACCGUCUCUCACAUGACCCCGCUCCCAAAGGGUCCCAAGCCGGCCCCUCCCUACAGCUCCUCCUCCAGAAACCAGCACUUUGACAGGAACGAAUAUGUCUGA